AUGGCUUUUUCGAUUGGUCGGAAAUUACUCCCAAGCAACGGAAGGCUGUCGCUAAUAUGUAUGGGGUGCUACAACGUCGUUAUCUUCAUCCCGAAACGUAUAACGUUGUGCAGGUUGCGGUGCGCCUUCGGUCAAAGUCGUCCUAUUGAGGAAUGGCAAUUCGGCGACCAUCUUAUACGGCAUAUCAUAGAGAGCACAACGGCAGUUCAAAUAUGUGCUUGCUUACUCCUGUUUUCUGGUGGUCAACUCCAAAUUACCCUAUCCUGAGCCCUCUUCGGUCUUCUUAGACAGCAAGCAAUUGAGCGUUCCCAAGAUGACUAUACGACCUAGCCAAGUCCUUACCAUGGCAUUCAUCGGAGCCUAUCUUACAUUCGUAACAGACGCAUUCCCGACCGACCUUCAUAUAUCGAGUCCCGAGCCACGCGACCUCGUAACCACAGACGCGAAGAACCUCAGAGAACACAUUGAAGUUUACGGCAUACCAUAUGGAGUUCUCGGCGCGGUCUCCCAUGGCCUAACCUUCUACGUAAUUCUCUGUCACUUCUUCGGAAGAAAGCCUUUGCUUCCGUGGAUGGCACUGGAGAAGGAACGCUGGAACAUCGCGGUGGUCACACUCUCAUCGCUCAUCUCGAUCAUCCUUUCCGGGGUUACCAUGGCACGAACAAGGGGCUCCCGCCCGCUUCUCAUACUUGCGGGUAUGCAGAUCGUACUCCAUGCUCUGAUAGAUAUCAUCCACAUACAUCGCAUGUGCGUUGGAUCUCCUGGUUGGAGUAACUCGACAUCUUUUUGGGCGAUCCCUCUUGUAGUGGUGUCGUGCUUCUCGAUAUAUGCCUUUUACGAGUUUCCCUUCGAAGGAGACGAGGGCAAUGUCGGAAGCCUUUUCGGUACUGCCAUCUUUAUUGUUCUAAUUGUAUGGAUUGGCUUGACUGGAUUGAAAACCUUGAUCGGCAUCUUGAUAUGCAUUUUCUCCAAGUUCAAGAGAUGUGCGACAUUUGGAGUUGCAGCAGUUCUGCUCAGCUGCGGACUCUUCUGGUUUGGUGAUUUCGGCAUGGCCAUCGUGAGCAAGAGUACGCUGGGGACACCGUCGAACCAAGUGAGGGCACUGUAUUACACGUACUGGGUUGUUGAGAGGCUACCGCUAUUCACAUUCUAAGAUGCGCGUUGGCGAGACGGUGAAAUGCUAUUACACAUGAUGUACUUGUAGCAUUUGUCGGUAUUAAGGAUGCGUUCUGUUUAACCUAGCACUAGGUGUAACGCUAUGUCGGAACCGGCUCGCUCUUGCGGCUCGAAAUCUGUUCCGCACUAGUACGCGACGAGUCUACCCGGAGUGGUGACAUCAACGAACAUGCGUCAGUGCCUCCUGCAUCUUCACGCUAU